UCAGGGCGAGCCCACUCGCGUUUACAGUGACAUUCGACCAGGACGGACGGAGGUUGACAGACAGAGCCAUCUCGACUCAUUCGCACCCAUCCACCCGCAUAUAACGAAUAGCAAGCAGCAACCUCUCACAAUCUGUACCGUGUGGCAGGGUCAACAGACGUCACCAUCGGUUUGUUCGAUUCAGAAUUUAAGUCCUUCCAAGGCGUAUUUGAAGUGAUGGAAGCCUUUCUGGCCUGAAGUCUUAGAAAGAGCCGCUGAACCGUAGCCGAAGCAACCGACGAGAACAACAACGACAACAACAACGCCACGAGCGUUAUUGCUCUCCGCGUGGGCGCCCAACAAAACAAAAGCCAUGAGCGACUCCAACCGCGAACGCUCGGCGCUGGUGAAAGGCGCCAAGGACAUCGCGCGCGAGGUCAAGCGGCAGGCGGCCAAGAAGAUCGGCCGCGGCUCAGACCGCCUCCAGGACGAGUACACCGGCCGCACGUACGCCCGCUUCCAGGACGAGCUGGACGACGACUACUAUGCCCAGCAGGGCUCGUACGGGGACGCUUCGGCAGGUCCCGGGCACGCCGCCGGCGAAGCGGGCGGAGGGGCCGCCGCCGACGAUGAGGAGGGCGACAGCGAUGCCACGGAGGGCCACGACGAAGAGGACGAGGUCUACGAGGGCGAGUACCAGGGCAUCCCGCAUGGCAAGGCCGGGAACAGCCACGUGCCGGCGGGUGACGGCGGGGACCCUUACGGCGAUGGUGGUACGGGAACGAUUGCCGGACUGCAGACGGAGCGGGAGGAGAUGGCGCAGCAGUACGAGGCAGUCAUGCAGGAGUGCGGGCACGGCCGGUUCCAGUGGACCUUCUACAUGGUGCUGGGGCUGGCUCUUAUGGCGGACGGCGUCGAGGUGUUCGUGGUGGCCUUUGUCCUGCCCAGUGCCGAGCGCGAUUUGUGCAUUACUGACGCUGGAAAAGGAUGGCUUGGCACCCUGGUGUACCUGGGCAUGAUGAUGGGCUCACUAGUGUGGGGUGGCCUCGCGGAUCAGCAGGGCCGACGCCAGUGCCUGCUCAUGGCGCUCACAGUCAACAGCCUCUUCUCCUUCCUCUCCUCCUUCGUCUGGGACUACGGCACCUUCAUCUUCUGCCGCUUUCUGGAUGGAUUUGGGAUUGGUGGGAUUAUCCCGAUUGUAUACUCAUAUUAUGCCGAGUUCCUGGCCCACGACAAGCGAGGGGAACAUCUGAGCUGGCUGUGCAUGACGUGGAUGUUUGGGGGAAUCUAUGCCUCUGCUAUGGCCUGGGCCAUCAUCCCUCACUACGGCUGGAGCUUCGGCAUGGGCUCCGCUUAUCAGUUCCACAGCUGGCGAGUUUUUGUGAUCGUGUGUGCGCUCCCAGCAGUCGCCUCCAUCGUGUGUCUGACCUUCAUGCCCGAGAGCCCACGUCACCUGCUGGAGAUGGGCAAGCACGAUGAAGCAUGGAUGAUUCUGAAGCGAGUGCAUGACACCAACAUGAAGGCACGUGGACAUCCGGAGAAAGUGUUCACCGUGACUCAGCUGAAGGUGGUGAAGCAGGUGGACGGCGUGACGGAGUUGAACUCUGACACGGGGACGUGGCACCGCCGCUGGGCCGCCAGAGCCACCUGCGAGGCCUCCAAGAUUUGGAGGACGUUUCUGGACUGUUUCGCACCACUCUUGAGGAGAGAUAUGCUGAAGCUGUUGACCAUCUGGCUCACACUCUCAUUCAGCUACUACGGGCUGUCGGUGUGGUUCCCAGAGGUGAUAAAAGUCCUCCAGGAAAAGGAAUACCACCACCACACGAAGGUGCACGUUGGGGAGCGUAUCCAUGGCUCCACGUUUAACUUCUCCCUCGUCAAUCAGAUCCACCUCAAUGGAGAGUUCAUCAAUGACAAAUUCACAAACAUAAAGUUGAAGUCUGUGACAUUUGAGGAUUCGUUGUUUAAGAACUGCACCUUCGAAUACAUCACCUCAACCAACACUUUUUUCAAGAACUGCACAUUUGAAGGCACUAAGUUUUUUGACACAGACCUGUUUGAGUUCAAGUUCAUUGGGACGGUGUUCAUCAACUCCUCGUUCAUAAACAGCAAGAAGGGUUGUCAGAUUGACUUCAGCGACGACUUCAGUGCAUACUGGGUCUACUUUGUCUCCUUCCUGGGCUCGCUCGCUGUGCUGCCUGGGAACAUUGUCUCUGCUCUGCUUAUGGACCGCCUUGGCCGCCUAAAGAUGAUUGGGAACUCCAUGAUCCUGUCGGGAGUGAGCUGCUCAUUUCUCUGGGCUGGGAGCAGCGAAGCCACCAUGAUUGGGCUGCUCUGCCUCUUUAAUGGACUCAGCAUCUCUGCUUGGAACGCUCUCAAUGUCAUCACUGUCGAGUUGUUUCCGACCAACAAGAGGACUACGGCGUUCGGCUUCCUGAAUGCCAUGAGCCGACUGGCGGCCGUGUUCGGGAACGUGAUCUUUGACUCCACCGUCGGCUCGGGGAAGACGGUGGCCGUGCUGCUCGCCUCCACCGUGCUCGUUGGGGGAGGCUUCGUGGCGCUGCGCAUGCCCGACACACGUCGCCAAAUCCUCAUGUGACCGUCCUCCCCACUGCGUGCAGCCGCCCCCCCCCCCCCCGGCCCUCUCCUCGGCUCCUCGUCCGGCUGAAGACUCGAUAAGUAGAGCAAGGGUGGGGGUCCGUUUUGAGCAAAUGUCCACGAGUGCUCGGGAGUGUCCCAGAUGGUAGAAGGCGUUUGCAUGCUGGGUUUUGGCGUAGGGAGCUGUGGAUGCUCGUAUAGUGAGGUGAACAGGUUUUUGGGGAUUGGUGUAGAAAACAGUUUCAAUCUUGGAAGUUAGAGCUAUGCUACGCAAGCGUGGAUUGCACAUUAAACAGAUAGAUGAUGUUGAAUGAAAAAUGCAUUCUGUGAGCUAAAUCUUAACUGAUGCAGUUUUUGUUCAUACGUAGAUUCAUAAACUGAUUCAUGUGACAUCACCACGUGGAGUUACAUGGAUCAUGUGACAUUAUAAACUUGUUCGUGUGACAUAAUGAUCAGAGAAGUCUUUCUAAGUGUAUUACAAUUUUUGAGCAGCUUAACCAGGGUAUAGAUCAUUGAUCCUCUACAUGGAAAGUCUAUUCUACAUUUUGUCUGUAAACUGUCAAUACAGUUGCCUGUACUCUAAUUCAUAUGCAUAGUGGAAUCAUUAUUGGCUAUCUAUAUUUAGUGAUGGAUAAAUUUUGCUAGAUGUUAUUGUUUAUGAAUAGUGUUUGUGUCAGCACAUUUGCUUAAGAAGUUUUAAUAUGUAGGUCCUAAUUCAUGUUUGGUAGAAUGGCAGUUUUUGCUAACAUUUGAUGAAAAUGUUGUGAAAUUAGCACGGUUUCUGCAGAUUUGGCAGUUAUUUGUUUUCCUGUCCAAAUGGCAGAAAAAUGGUUUCUUCUAAAAUAUGAACGAUCGGUGUACAAUGCACUGCAAACAUGCACCUCACUUUAUUUUUUAGGUUAGUUUACAUUUAAUUAGACAUUUGCUGCCAUUUUUUUGUUUAAAUCAUCAUUAUUGAAUAAAGUACCUGACACAUGAAUUCUCCAAAUAACUGCACACAGGAUGUGAAGUAUACCAAGAUACCAUUGAAUUCUAGCAGCUAACAAACAAGAAACAAAACGCUCCAUCAUCCAACAAGCACAAUUAGAAAAACAAAGACAAAAAUAUCGUGACUUAAACAUCAGUUAAAUAUCUUUGCAGCAUAAGCAUCUCUCCAGUGAAGUGGUUUUAAAAUCAAGGCUGUAGACACAAACCACUUCCAAUGGAGUGUCCCGUGGGUUGUGUGUUUCUUCAAAUUUAAAUUUCCUUUGCUAUUUACCACAGAGAUGAAGAUUUCUCAAGGUAUUUCAGAUGCUGUAACAAUACAGCUUUGAAUUUUGAUUUAAAGCUUUCGUGACUGCAGUAAUUCAUAUUCUUAGUUCUUUCGGUAAAGUCACGUUGAAGGGAAACAACAAAAUAAUAAAAUAUAUGGUUUGCAAACCAACACACCUGAAGACGACCGUUUGUGUUAUGGUCGAAACGUCGUGAGAAUUUUUAUUGUUUUAUAUAUAUUUUAUUAUUUUGUUGUUUCCCUUCAACGUGACUUUUCCGAAAGAACUAAAAAUAUGAAAUACAGCUUUGCUCAAAAUAUCAAAUGUAAAGUACAGUAUUCCCUCAUUAUUCACAAACUUGGCUAUCCGUGAUUUUGGCUUUCCACGAUGAGAUAUAAUGUGAUGAGAUGAAGUGAUGAGAGAUAAAGCAAUGAGUGAUGCGAGAGAGUGAUGUGUUAUUAUGAUAAUUUGCAUGUAUUUACAAGUUUAUUUAAGACAAUUAAAUAUCAUUAUCCACGAAAUUUACUAUUCACGAGCAUCUCAGAAAUGCAUCCCUCGCGAGUAAUGAGGUAAUACUGUAGCGUUUAAAUGACCAAUGUUGAGCUGUUAUGUCUAAAGUGCACUCAAGUACAGUAUAAGCAUAUGAAAUCGUGACAGUCCUUAAAACUCCUAUAACACUGGAAUUUAACGACUACUAAAUACAACGUAAUAUUAUAUACAUACAGUACACUACACAAUCAAAAGAUUCCGAGGUCGGGUACCAUUCAGGGCAUGACAGCUCAUCAGCUGUCCUGGGUCAAUAAAAUAGGCACCACUUUGUGGGAAGUCAACAUUGGCUACCCUUGGGAGACUUGCUACUGCCACGGGAAUAUUUAAAUUCCACCAUUGACUCCGGCUCAUCGGGGAUACAUUUUUUUGUGCCGUCUCUGGUGACCGGAUUGAGACAAUCAACUCAUUACACUUGAGAAUCUCGUUUAAUCACGGGUGGUUGCUUGGAUUUGAACCCAGGAUGUCAGUGGCACCAGCUCAGUGCUCUGACGUUGUGUUAGCCCCUGGAGCCACUCGGCUACCUCUCGAAUUAAGUGUUCUUAACUGCUUCAGUUAAUUAAUGUAAUAAAAUAUGAAGGAGAUUUAUUAAGUUUUUGACCAGUGAGCUUUCCAGAUAAACUUUCCUAGUUUUCUGGGUGGUUCUUAUUUGUAACAUCAGGAUAGCAAUUACAAAUGUGACAGUCUCAAGCCAUGCACCAUCCACUGGAUAAAAUAAAAACUAUACAACGUUUGUAUAAAUUUUGAUUUAAAGCUUUCGUGACUGCAGGGAUUCAUAUUCUUGGUUCUUUCGGUAAAGUCACGUAGAAGGGGAUCAAUAAAAUAAUAAAAAAAUUAUAAAAUAUAAAACAAUAUUGUUGUUUUAUAUUUUUAUUAUUUUAUUGAUUCCCUUCAACGUUUGUAUAACUUAUUGUCCAUGAAAGGUAAUAAAAUCAAGGUGCACAAAGGUAAAAUAACAACUGUCAUUGCGAUAAUUCAACUCAUGUUUGAGAAACUGGUCUUCACCUUAGGAAUGUGGAAGCUCAGGACUGUUUGCCCAAAGCUCAUUGAAGUAUGGUGACACAUUUCGAAUUUCUAUUCGAAUCUAUCCACCAUACACUUUUUCAAUCAUCAUGUUUUACAUUAUUCUGUAAGCGUAUGAAAGUGGGAAUAGCUUGUAAUAGGUGUGAUCACUAUAGAAAUGCUGAACAUAAUUACAUAUUUAAUGAAGUCUCGUGGUGGUUUAGUUGGUAUUAAGAGCACACACACUGAUAUGUUGCAGAACUGAUUGUACUCUUCCACAUACCAUAUAGUACUAAAAACACACACAUUAUACACAUACAACUGACACUAUCAACAGAAGAAAAUAAAUUUUGAUUUAAAGCUUUCGUGACUGCAGGGAUUCAUAUUCUUCGUGACUGCAGUAGAAACGUCGUGGGAAUUUUAUUGUUUUAUAUUUUUAUUAUUUUAUUGUUUCCCUUCUACGUGACUUUACCGAAAGAACCAAGAAUAGAAGAAAAUAAGUUACGUCGGUGUUAUUUUAGUCAUUCAUUAAAUAAUGUGUAAAGAGCCUGUUGAAAGUGACACAAUAUAAAAAUGCGUUACCUAUAUUUUUUACAUUAUUGUGCUUUUUAUAGUAACCUAGUGUCAAAGGUCACCAAAAUUUAGCAGCAUACUUUCAAACAAACCCGGUAAAAAAAUGUCACGAACAUUCAAAACUAAAUGUAGGAUAUGUAGUACUCAGUGCUGUGUUUGAUGAUAAUAAAAUAAUAUAGUUAACCGUCAUUAAGUUAAAUCGCCCCGUUUGUGUUUUUGUGGUAUGGGUUAUUAGACGGCUGGACAUAUAUGUUUAAAAAAUGUGCUGUAUAAAGUGUUAACUCUAUACAUUGUGAUGUAUUUAUUCUUUAUAGUUUCAGAAAGCACAGGUAGUAUUGGAGUUAUAGAAAUAAUGUAUAUAUGCUUGUGUUAUACUAUUCAUCCAAAAUACUUUCACACAGAAAUCUUAAUCAGCUACUUGUUCUGCACUAAUUGGAAAUAUACACUACUGUAUUUGCUUUAUUUAAGUCAUGUUUGGCUAAACAUAUUUAAAUCCUAAUAUUCCAAUAGCGUAUGUACAUACAAGGCACAAAAAUUAUGACGUUAUUUAAGAAUACCGUGUAAGACAUCCGGAAAAUAAUACACAAAGUCAGAAGAGCAAACACAAGCAUGGUGAGAUGCAUGCUUGGAAUUUCAUUGAGAGAGAUUAGAGAACAAAUGCAGGAAUACACAUUUGUAUUUGUUUAUAUCUGCAGUUUAACGCGUAGUUUUAAAUUCAGAAAGUAGCGUAUUUAGUAGUUGCUUUGAACAAUGUCAUCUUCAUACGUAUUGCCAUAAUAUUCAAAGACGGCCUUUUUAUUGUUUUGCAACCAACGUAUAAAAUGUGCAAAAUGCUCCCGUGUUGUCUUAUAUAGACAUGAAGAUAUAAGCAGGGCAGCCUAAGCACAGCAUCUUGUGAAAAUCGUUGGCUAUAUAUAUAUCUUUUUUUAUGGAACUUCGCUGAGUGACAUCAGUGUUGCAUUUCAUAAGGUAUCAAUGUUAUGCUUCGGUGAACUUAAACAUCAAAUAACAAGUUGAUUAAACAUAACAGCUUGUGUAACAGUGUCCGAGACGAAAGCAAAAUUCCGAUAUUUUGGCUGAGCAGCCUUGACUUUCAUUUCCCCUCGGUCACAGUUAAAACAAAGCACCUGUUAUUUUGUAAUGAACAAGGUUUAUUUUUGUUAUCUGCUUUUUCAUUUAUGUGUGUAUGUGUUGCUAUUGUUGAAGUGAGUGUCAAAUCGUGUAAUAUAGGUGGUGUUUUGUUGAAUCUUCUUUGAAAGCAAUUACAUGAAUCAUUAGACAUUGUAUGUGCUUCUGCAUUUGUCUCUGCUGCUGGAUGUGUUGUAAAAUGUUUAAGCAGUGCACCUUUAAACUCCCUGUCCCUUUGUAGCCACUGCAGCCACAUUGCAGUAAUACAAAGGGCCGCCCACUGCUACCAGCAGAGUUAAUAACUUCAAUUCGAUGUUGGAUAUUUAGGAAUACUGUUUCUGAUAUAUUUGUAAGUGGCAUUGAAAAAAAACAACCUUGUGUUAUAUCCAUAUGUGCAAUGAACAAUGUGCUGUUCUAUUAAUAUAGACUCUAUCAGCUUGUGGGCAUAAUCUUAUAUGAAGGUGCGCGAUAUGAUUGCCUGUAUAAAGCACAAUUAUGUUUGUAUAAACGUAAAUAUGCAGUGGACAAGAUUUGUUAAACAUAAGAAACAAAAUGUUCUUGCAGACAUAUAACCAAAAUUUGCAUCACAAAGUAUAAUUACAUUUUUAAUCCAAUGUACUGUUUACUUUCUAGCCCGGUGGCAACCCCACGUAAAUGAGGGCCCAAUUCUUGCGUUGGUGUAAAGUAGCAGUGGAAGUUGAAGUGUCCACUGACAGCUUCCUUCCAAUUGAGGAUCAGCUCAUGUCUUAUUUUUUGUGCCUUUCCACAACGUGCAAUGUGUGGAGCCCACCUUUCCACCGCAGAUGACAGUCAAGCCAGACACAGUGGUGGGAUUGGUAGGAUGGCAUGGCACUAGUGCAGAAACCAUGACUCUGAAUGAGGCAGACCAAUUAAGCCGUGAUUCUGGCCACACAUACAGUAUAUGUACACACAUAUAUGGCCAUCUAGACGAUAUAAUGUAUAGAUAUUUAUGUAGUACGUAAUAUCACGAAGGCCAUAAUAUAUUUGGCUAUACAUUAAGACAAUAUAUCUCAGCAUUUCCAUUGCCCAGUGUUUACCAACGAUGAGACGAUCAUUCAUUCUGACAGUGCAAUUAAGGUCAGUUAUUAUUUAACACCUCAACAAAGUUGGUGGAGUUGCAAAAUCCGUUUGGGCCUUGAAUUUUUUUCCCUUAAGAUGGUAACAUUCCUGCUGUAUAAAACAUGCCCCAUGUGCAGUGUGAUUAUAUUCUGUCUCAGUGAUUGCGCAUGCAUUUCCUUAGCCUCUAUUUCCAUUAGAAUCUGUGACCUCCAGCCUAAUAAAGUGUACCAUAUUUAAUUCUCCAAUAAAGAUGUAUGUAUGUUGUGUCCUCCA